AUGUCUGCAGACCAAGAGAACGACCCUUUCGUGGGCCAGAACGGCGAAGAGAUGGAGGAAGACGGCGACUUCUUGGCUCCUCUUCUCGUAGCAAAGCUUCAGGAAGCUGGUAUUUCAGCCCAGGACACUAAAAAGCUGUCCGAUGCUGGAUUCCACACAGUAGAAGCGGUCGCCUUUACUCCCAAGAAGACUCUCUGCACCAUCAAGGGUAUCAGCGAGCAGAAAGCUGACAAAAUUCUGGCUGAAGCGUGCAAAAUGGUGCCAAUGGGCUUUACAACAGCCACAGAGAUCCAUUCCAGACGGUCAGAGCUUGUGCACAUCACAACAGGGUCGACGGGGUUGGACACAAUUUUGGGAGGAGGUAUCGAGACUGGUGCUAUCACCGAACUCUAUGGUGAAUUCAGAACGGGAAAAUCGCAACUUUGUCACACUCUUGCAGUCACCUGCCAAUUGCCCGUGACCAUGGGCGGUGGUGAAGGCAAAUGCCUCUAUAUCGACACGGAAGGAACCUUCCGACCUGUUCGUAUGCUGGCUGUCGCGGAGAGAUACGGAUUGGACGGAGAAGAGGUGCUGGAUAACAUUGCCUAUGCGCGAGCGUAUAAUGCGGACCAUCAGUUGCAGUUGUUGGUGCAAGCUAGUGCAAUGAUGGCUGAGUCUAGAUUCUCGUUAUUGAUUGUGGACUCUGCUACGUCACUCUACCGAACGGAUUUCUCUGGUCGAGGCGAAUUGUCAGCACGACAGAUGCAUCUUGCCAAGUUCUUGAGGACUUUGAUGAGAUUAGCGGAUGAGUUUGGAGUUGCCGUUGUUGUCACCAACCAGGUUGUUGCUCAAGUAGACGGAGGUCAGUUCGCUGUUGCCGACGCCAAAAAGCCUAUCGGUGGUAACAUCAUGGCACAUGCCUCCACAACCCGGUUGAACCUGCGUAAGGGUCGAGGCACAUCGCGAGUCUGUAAGAUCGUGGACAGUCCAUGUCUGCCAGAAGCCGAAGCUAUCUUCGCCAUCAACCCCAACGGUAUUGGAGACCCCGAGGAGUUGCAAGAGUGA